GACGGAGAGAGAACUCCCGUGCGCUCUGCUGCGCGCGGCCCCGGAUCCCAGGGCCAGCCAGCCGGCCUCGCUCUUCUCAGCCGCCCCAGGAGGGCUGGAGGCUGGCCAGGUCUCCGCGUCUGCCUGCAGGUGCCUCGGGAAGUUUCUGCCCGGACUGAGGCGGAGUCUGCCCGGCAGCCUGAAGUUUGGGGGCCGCAGGUGAGCAGCGGCUGGCACCGGAAGGCGGCCCGCAGGACCCCUGCCAAGCUGGCCCCCUCCGGAAGAUCAGUUACCGCCGGCCGCUCAGAGGGGGGGAAACUGGCUUUGCGCCCUGCCCAGCCCCGGCAGUCCAGGCAGCCGCCACCGCCGCCGCGCCUCUCCAUCCUGCAGCCGAUGCCCGCCUCGCCGCUCUCCCUGCCCAGGUCAUGAAGGAAGGCCUAGUGUGGCAAUGACAGGGGUGGAUGGAAGGGGCCAUUUUUAGCAGAGGUCCUGGUGCUGUUUGAGCUUCCAUCAUGCUGGUGACCGUUUGCGGCUCCUGAUCGCUCCCUUGCUGGCUCAGGAAUCCAUGUCUUCCAAAGACGCCACUUUCUGACCUGGUCCUGCUUCUCCUGCUGGGAUUUCUUCCUGUCUGCUUGGCUCAUCAUGGGAGGCUGUUUCUCCAAACCCAAGCCAGGGCCAGAUAACUUACCCCCAAGGGUUUUAAAAGAAUUGGCGGAGGAGAUCUCUGCACCCCUGAGGCUGAUUUUUAGUAAAUCUUGGAGUUCUGAGGAUGUUCCAGAGGACUGGAAAAAAGCUGAUGCCACAAUGCCAGUGAUUAAAAAAAGUAAACGGAAUUCACUCGUUGAAGUAAAGAUCGAAGUGGUGUUGCCGGAGAAGGAGAGGGCCAAAGAGGAGAUGUCUCCCAAUGGGAAAGCCAGCCCCAUCAUCUACAAAGCCAAUGGGACGUCUCGGCACUUCCAGCUGGAGGAACACCCUGUCGCCAUCAACCCAUACCGGAACCUGAAGGAUGUGGUGGAAGCCUCCGUCUGCUACGUGAAGGACCUUGACAACGGACAGAUGCGAGAGGUGGACCUGGGCUGUGGGAAAGCCCUACUAGUAAAAGAAAAUGGGGAAUUUUAUGCCAUGGGCCACAAAUGUCCUCACUAUGGCGCUCCAUUGGUGAAAGGGGUUUUGUCCAAGGGACGCCUGCGCUGUCCCUGGCAUGGGGCUUGCUUUAACAUCGGCACAGGCGAUAUAGAAGACUAUCCAGGCUUGGACAGCUUGCCGAAAUUUCAGGUGAAAAUUGAGAAAGAGAAAGUGUACAUCCGAGCAAGCAAACAGGCUCUUCAGACGCAAAGGCGGACAAAGGUGAUGGCCAAGUGCAUCUCCCUGAGCAACUACAGCAUCACCAGCACAAACGUACUCAUCAUUGGGGCAGGCCCUGCUGGAUUGGUGUGUGCUGAGACGUUACGGCAAGAAGGCUUCUCGGAUAGGAUCGUGAUGUGCACCAUGGACAGACACUUGCCCUACGACAGGCCCAAGCUGAGUAAGUCCAUGGAUUCCCACGCUGACCAGAUUGCUUUGCGCCCGAAGGAAUUCUUUCGUACGCAUGACAUUGAGGUCCUGACAGAAAUGCAGGUUGUGGCCGUAGAUGUUAAGAACAAGACGGCCGUAUUCAAGGAUGGGUUUAAGAUGGAGUACAACAAAGUGCUGCUUGCAACAGGGAACAUGCCCAAAACCCUCAGCUGUAAAGGCAAAGAAGUGGAGAAUGUUUUUAACAUCUGGACAGUGGAAGACGCCAACCGGGUGGUGAGGCUGGCCACCGGCAAAAAUGUCAUUGUUGUAGGAGCCUCUUUUCUAGGGAUGGAAGUGGCUGCAUAUCUCAUGGAGAAGGCCCAUUCCGUCUCAGUAGUGGAGCUGGAGGAAGUACCCUUCAAGAAGUUUUUUGGGGAGAAAGUUGGGCGAGCCAUCAUGAAGAUGUUUGAAAACAACUGGGUGAAAUUCUACAUGCAAACAGAGGUAUCAGAGCUGCGGGAACAGGAGGGCAAGCUAAAGGAGGUUGUUCUGAAGAGUGGCAAAGUUCUCCGUGCUGAUGUCUGUGUCAUAGGCAUAGGCGCGAUGCCAGCAACGGGCUUCUUGAAACAGAGUGGCAUUAAUGUGGACUCCAAAGGUUUCAUUGUGGUGAACAAGAUGAUGCAGGCCAGUGUCCCAGGAGUUUUUGCUGCUGGAGAUGCCGUGGCGUUUCCACUGGCGUUGAGGAAUAACAAGAAGGUGAACAUCCCUCACUGGCAGAUGGCCCACAUGCACGGGCGCAUAGCUGCACUCAACAUGUUGGCUCACGGGACCGAAAUCAGCACAGUCCCUUACCUGUGGACAGCAAUGUUUGGCAAGAGCAUCCGCUAUGCAGGCCACGGAGAAGGAUUUGAUGAUGUGAUCAUUCAGGGGGACUUAGAUGAACUAAAGUUUGUAGCUUUUUACACCAAGAAUGAUGAGGUGCUUGCUGUGGCAAGUAUGAACUAUGACCCCCUUGUCUCCAAGGUCGCGGAUGUCAUGGCAGCUGGCAGGGCAAUCCGGAAGCGAGACGUGGAAACUGGAGACAUGUCCUGGCUAACUGGAAAAGGCUCCUAACAGCCCUAGAAACGGCUGGUUUCCGACAGACUCUGCAGCAGCCAGAGUGGAGGUGCCAUAGGUCCCUUCGAUGAAUCCAGCACCUUUCCCUGAACCGUUCACCCCCUACAGCCCCCCAAGGGCCCAUGCUUGGGACCGCUGAUGCUGAGAUCAGCCCCCCCUGGAGCAACCAGAGGGAAAGGGCCCCCUCGGAAUUCAUCGGCUUGCCAUGACCUCUUGCGGCCAAGCUGGAAAAAUCCAGUGGAGUGGUGGGAGGAUGGGGAAAUGGGGCUCACGCUUGUGCACUUUCAUAGGAGCAGAGUGGAGUGCUGUUGCUGGAAACAGGGACCUCAAAGGCUAGCCUUUGACAGAGGGAAAUCUCCAUGGAUUGGAGUUAGCUGCAUCCCCUUGCCAGCCAUGUUCCAGCUGCUCUACCUGUCCACUCCAUUGCUAUCACAGUUCUCUUGAAUCAAGUCCAUAAUGUUCUUCCUCAAACGUUCCCUUAUAUGAGCCACAAACUGGGUGUGUGUCUGUGUGUGCCUUACAGCAGCCACAAUCAAAGAAACUGGGCUGGCAGGGCAGACGUUGGGGGCUGUGCCUAGGCACACCCACCUCUAUUUGUCCCCUUUGCAGCAGCUUAGGCUGUGCCUGCACUGCCGCAGUUCUGUUGGUCUUGCAUCAGGAUUGGGGGAGGAAUUUGAUUCUGUUUGCAUUUAAAGGCGAACCCACCUAAUUUGCACUUUCCAAAACAAUAUGCAAACUGGAACGCAGCCAUCUUUUGAAAGCUACACUUCCCUGAAUUUUGCAAAGCAGUUCUCCAGCAAGUAAUGUGUAAAAAUGCAUAUGCUAGGGUCAAAUAUGCAUAUGAAGGUGCAUUUUAAUGAAAACAACAUUAAAAAUGCAUAUUUGGAAAAAUUGCUUGCAAAAAUGUGUAUGUUAACAAAAUCGCAUACAAGCAUGUGCGUUAGAAGAAAUUUGCCCUAAAAUGCUUACUAAUUGUCACGAGGACUUUUAAAAAAAAAAAAGCACACUGAUGUGGAAAUGUCGGGAAAAUGAGAAACUAAGAGAAACUGAAAUGGACAGAUCCCCCCAUUCUUGGUGGGAUCCAGGUUUCAUCUCACAGUUUCCCCCCCCCCAGCUCCCUCUUGCCAUCCUUACCUGUGUCCCCGCCUGUAUCAGGAAGACCCUGUGUGUUUCCGCGAAUGCAGAAAAGACGCAGAAUCCAGCUUCCGGAUCAUUGCACUUUUUUUUUUCGUAAGCAAGUUACUAGCCGUUUGGGUUGCCAAGGUAUGCUCGAAAGUAU